AUGGAACGAGGAAGAGGGACGACUCUGAGGACUUUGUUCUUGUUGACACUCUGUCUGCAAUCCUUUACUGGUCAAUGCCAAGAUUCAGGCCAGUCCUCUGACCUCAGGAUAGUUCUGGUGGGAAAGACUGGAUCAGGGAAGAGUGCAACAGGAAACACCAUCCUGGGGAGAGAGGGGUUUAAAGUGGAGGCUUCUCCAGUGUCUGUAACUGCACAGUGUGAGAAACAGAGUGGAGUGGUGGAUGGGAGGAAGAUUGAUGUUAUUGACACCCCGGGACUCUAUGACACAACAAUGUCUAAAGAAGAUAUGAAAAGUGAAAUAGAAAAGGCCAUCUAUGAGUCAGUCCCAGGACCUCAUGCCUUCCUGCUGGUAAUCAGACUGGGGAGGUUCACAGAGGAGGAGAGGAACACUGGGAAGUGGAUCCAGGAGAACUUUGGAGAAGAUGCCUCAAUGUACACCAUUUUACUGUUCACUCAUGGAGAUCAACUGGAGGGGAAAUCAGUGGAGGAGUUUCUGACACAGAGCCCAGAGCUACGGCGGCUUGUCACCAGCUGUGGGGGCAGAUAUCACUCCCUAAUCAAUGACAAGAGAAGAGACAUCACUCAGGUUACAGAGUUGCUGGAGAAGAUAGAGGAGAUGGUGGAGUACAAUGGAGGGAAACACUACACCAGUGCUGACUAUGAAGAGACUCAGAGAAAGAUCAGAGAGGAGAUUAUGUUUUACUGUAAACUGGCAGCGUACGGCAGUCUAGCUACAACAGGACUAGGGAUGUUUUAUGCGUCACCAGUAUUGGUGGCAGCAGGUAUAACCGCAGGCCUCAGCCAAGGGUUUGAAUGCACUAAGGAGAUGCUAGGCGUUUAAAACACCAGGGGUGCGUUCAGUUGGUCUUAACGUUUCACUACAUAUGGCAACGGUACUUACUGAAUGAUAUAACAGUUCUUUCAAAACCAUUUGCAAUGUUAUAGAUAUGCUAUAUAUGCUAUAUGCUAUAUGAUUAUAGAGCCAUGUGGCAGGAUGGCCCUGGCAGGGUGUGACCGCGGAAAAUGUUAACACAAAACUCCUGCUGCACUGUACACAAUCACCCUCUCAUCACCAUAGUUACAACGUUCCUCAACUCAAAUCAGGACCGUUUCUGAACGGUGUUGACCAUGUUUAUUUUAGUGGAGGUGUAUUUAGUGGGGAUAUAUAGUAUGUAUUAAAUGGUAGUGUAUGUAUUUA